UCCAAAACUCAGCAGCAACUCUCUUCUCAUUUUCCCACCAACCAAAAAUAGAAGUUAAAAAAACUAGCCAACUCCACUACUAACAAUGGUCGACGUGGACCGGAGGAUGACGGGUCUGAACCCGGCUCACGUAGCCGGUCUAAGGCGACUCUCCGUCCGAGCUGCCGCCCCUCUUUCACCAUCCGUCACCCUACGCAACGGCCUGCUCUCGUUCUCUUCCCUCGCAAACAAAGUCGCCACCCAUCUCCGCAACUCAGGUAUCCAGGUCGAGCCGGGUCUCACCGACACUGAGUUCGCCAUCGCGGAGGCGGAAUUUGGCUUCACCUUCCCUCCAGACCUCCGCGCCGUCUUGGCUGCCGGACUUCCCGUCGGCGCCGGAUUUCCGGACUGGCGCGCCUCGGGCAUCUCCCGCCAACUCCUCCGCUGCUCGCUGGAGCUCCCAGCUGCUGCGGUCUCCGUCCACGUGGCAAGAAACGCGAUGUGGGCCAAGACGUGGGGCCCAAGGCCCAACGAGCAAACGAAGGCGUUAUGUGUGGCCAGGAACGCGCUCAAGAGAGCGCCGAUUCUUGUCCCAAUCUUUGACCAUUGCUACGUUCCAUGCAACCCUUGCCUCGCUGGGAACCCUGUCUUCUUCAUCGACGAGGAACGCAUGUUCCGAUGCGGCUUCGACCUCUCGGAUUUCUUCGAGCGGGAGUCUCUGUUUCGAAGCUCCGACGCUGGGAAUAUGUCGUCACGGCGGAAUUUCAAUGUUUCCGGCGGAAAGAAGCCGCGGUGGAUAGAUUUCUGGAGCGACGCCGUCACGGAUUUUCGUAGAAAAUCGUCGUCGUCGGCGGCGAUGGCUUCGCCGGAGAGGUUUUUGGACAUUCGGCGGUGGAAAGUGCCGAAGGGCGUGGAGCAGUAUAUAGAGCGAAUCGGGUCGUGUUUGAAGGACGGUGGAUGGAGCGAAUCUGAGGUAUCAGAAAUGGUUCAGGUUUCAGGUUCCGGUUUGGGUUUGGAUCCAGGUUCGGAUUUGUGUUCGGGUUUGGAUAAUCAGGGGGUAUUAGAUGCUUUGUUGUUGAAAGCAGAUAGGUUCUCAGACUCGCUCCGGAAUUCUGGGUGGAGCUCCGAAGAGGUUUCGGAUGCUCUGUGGUUCAAUUUUCAACCGGGGAAGGACCAGAAACCGGCUAAAAAGCUGUCAUUUGAACAGGUUGAAAGGAUUGGGAAACUGGCGGAAUCGGUUUCCCAGUCACUAUACGUGGAAAUAGAUUUAGGAUCAGUUAAAUAGUGGGAUUUUUUUUUUCCCUUUUUUUUGUUUUGUUUGAGGGGCACGGCCAACGGCCAACGGUGGUAUGCAUAUUUCCUUUUGUGAAUAUUUUUCGGAAAUGCGAAUCCAUUGUUGGCCAACCGGGGUGUGCCUUCAAAACAUACGUGGAAAAUGAUAUAGCAACGUAUAUGAUCAUCCUCUUAUGUAACCUAAAUGAAAAUGUUGAUACUCAAUAAUCAAUGGUUAGAGCAGCUUAAAUAAG